CUCGACAACACCACAGCACGAUGCGCGGACUAUUGCUGUUGCUGGCAGCCGCCACGCUCGUGAUGGGCACUCAGCCCAUGGUGCCAGCGAACGCGACCAACGCCAAAGGCAAGUGGACGCUCACCUUUAACGACGAAUUCAACUCGUUGGACCGGGCCAAGUGGCGUAUCCUCAACGACUGCUCGACGACCAACAACUGCAUCUACAACGACGAGCUCCAAGUGUACCUCGCGAGCCAAGUGUCCGUGUCCAAAGGCAACCUCGUGAUCGAAGCCAACAACGUGCCGUACGUCUCACCGUCCGCGGGCGCUCGGCGGUAUCGGUCCGGGCGCAUGGACACUUCAGGCAGCUUUGCGCAACUGCAUGGGCGUUUUGAAGCGCGCAUCAAACUUCCGUCCGGCCAAGGCAUGUGGCCCGCCUUCUGGAUGAUGCCGCGCGGCGGACGGUGCUGGCCCAUGGACGGCGAGAUUGACGUGCUCGAGUAUAUCGGGAAGCGCAUGCCCCACACCGUCCAUGGCAACUUGCAUUUUGCCAAUGCGUGCAACCGAGAUUUGCACUCGGCCGCCAACUAUUGCGGCGUCACGGGCGGCGCCAAAACGCUGGCGCUCAAUGAUGACUUUCAUAUCUAUGCGGUCGAGUGGACGCCGACGUCGCUUGCGUGGUUUGUCGACGGUGUGCAGUACUUCAAGAUCGACGCGACGCAGUGCCGAACCAAGCCCGCGCAGUUGAUUCCGACCAAACCGUUCUACCUCAUCCUCAACUUUGCGGUUGGCGGCGACUGGCCCGGCAAUCCGGACGCGACGUCGACGUUUCCCCAGCGACUCUAUGUCGACUAUGUCCGUGUCUACAAGCAAAGUGCCCUCUAAUAUGUACUGUGUGCACCUGUUG